AUGGAUAUUCUUAUCUUUCAGAUGUCCUUAGUGGUAUCAACAGAUGACUGUGAAAUGUGGAAAGAAGAAUAUGAAAAACUGAAAGCAGAGUGGAGUGAACUUCACAGCAAACACUGUGAACUGGAGAACGACAUGAAUGUUCUGCAGAGUAAGCUUAAGUGGGUUACAAAUCAAGAAGUACAACUUCAGCAGCUUCAAAAUCGCAUACUUAGUCUGGAGCAAGAUAGAAGUGAACUUCAGGCCUGUAAUGAGCAGUUGCAGGAGGACUGUGAGAUCCAGAAGGAGCAACUGAGUUCUUUACAAGCUAGAUUACAGAAUGCAGAAGAGCAGAAAUUACUGAAGCAGAUACAGAUCAAUAGUUUACAAAAGGGACUUGCAGGACUGGAGCAAAAAAGCAGUUCAUACAUUACAUCAAACACAGGAAUAGUGCAUUUUCGGGAAACACCUGAUGGAGCAUUGCAGAAUGACUGCCUUCAUUCUAUUAUGGAGAAGCUAACGUCAAAAGAGGAAGAAUGUACAGGUUUAAAGGCAGAAGUUGAUUUAAUUACAGAAGAAUACAAGUCAUGUCAACGAAAACUGCAACAGUGCAGGGAGGAACUGAAGGGAAAUCACAGGCGGAAACCCAAGAGACGCUGUUCCUGUUGGAUGCCAGUCUUGGUGAUAAUAUGUGCUGCAGUAACUGCAUACCUUUUCUCCUCUGAAAUUGAACAUUUCCUUCAAUGA